CCCGGCGGGCGCGAACCCACCAUGCAGCUGCAGUUCCGGAGCUGGAUGCUGGCUGCGCUCACGCUGCUCGUGGUCUUCCUCAUCUUCGCAGACAUCUCGGAGAUCGAAGAAGAAAUCGGGGAUUCUGGAGGGAGAGGUACAAUCAGAUCAGCUGUGAACAGCUUACAUAGCAAAUCUAAUAGAGCUGAAGUUGUAAUAAAUGGCUCCUCAUCGCCAGCUGUUGUUGACAGAAGUAAUGAAAGCAUUAAGCACAACAUCCAGCCAGCCUCAGCCAAAUGGAGGCACAACCAGACGCUCUCUCUGAGGAUCAGGAAGCAAAUCCUGAAGUUCUUGGAUGCUGAAAAGGACAUCUCUGUCCUCAAGGGGACCCUGAAGCCUGGAGACAUCAUUCAUUACAUCUUUGAUCGUGACAGUACGAUGAACGUGUCACAGAACCUCUACGAUCUCCUCCCCAGAACCUCUCCCCUGAAGAACAAACACUUCCGGACUUGUGCCAUUGUGGGCAACUCGGGGGUCUUGCUGAACAGCGGCUGCGGGCAGGAGAUCGACACACACAGCUUUGUCAUCAGGUGCAACCUGGCCCCGGUGCAGGAGUACGCGCGGGACGUGGGGCUCAAGACCGACCUGGUGACCAUGAACCCCUCCGUCAUCCAACGGGCCUUUGAGGACUUGGUCAACGCCACGUGGCGGGAGAAGCUGCUCCAGCGGCUGCACAGUCUCAACGGCAGCAUCCUGUGGAUUCCCGCCUUCAUGGCCAGGGGCGGCAAGGAGCGCGUUGAGUGGGUCAACGAGCUCAUCCUGAAGCACCGCGUCAACGUGCGUACUGCGUACCCCUCUCUGCGCCUGCUGCACGCCGUCCGCGGGUACUGGCUAACCAACAAGGUCCACAUCAAGAGACCCACCACUGGUCUCUUGAUGUACACCCUGGCCACACGUUUCUGCAACCAAAUCUACCUCUAUGGCUUCUGGCCCUUUCCACUAGAUCAGAACCAGAACCCCGUCAAGUACCACUACUACGACAGCCUCAAGUAUGGCUACACCUCCCAGGCCAGCCCCCACACCAUGCCCUUGGAGUUCAAGGCCCUCAAGAGCCUGCAUGAGCAGGGGGCUUUGAAACUGACUGUUGGCCAGUGCGAUGGGGCCACGUAAGGUGGGCACCCUGUGGGACUCAGUGGCUCACAUUUCCUGCCAGCUACACCACAGGCAGAUGGGAGUCGGGGUGGCGCAAAUUAUAGAACAAGCAGGCUAGUGGUUUUCUUUGUUAAAGUGUAAAACAGUGACCAGAAUAUAUAUAUAUAUACCUGCAUAUAUAUAUUGACCUGAGUAUUUAUAACUGUGUGGUGUUCAUCUAGCAUUAGGCAGAUAAGCCACAGGAAGAAGGUGUGGAGAAUCCACCCAAACCGGAUUGAGACUCAGUCCAUCUUUAGGGGCAGAAGGACUUGACAUGAAAAGAAGCCAGUCCCAUGACUUUGGAUGAUCUGGGUUGGAGAGAUCUUUGGGCUCAUGGAUGAAUGGGGAGCCCCUUCUUGGCAGCUGCCCCGAGCCUCUGAGACACGUGGAUUCUGGGUGAGCCAAGACCCAGAGGGGACAAAUGGACCCAAGUCUAAAAUGGUGCUGUUCACAGAGGAGAAGGAGGUUGAGGGGUUCAGCCUGGCAAAGCAGGACAAGGACACCAAGAAGCAGAGGCCACUUCAGGGCCGCGGGCCUUAUUCCACAAACCUAGAGUUUAACUGUCCGAGGGAUGAUUCACGGUGGAUCCACCUGUUCCAGACAGGCUUCCACAGCUAUGGAAAGACGGCUAGAGAAGAAACCAAGGACAGUCCAUACUCUGGCUUUGCAAGAACCACCAAGAACCUGGACAGACCAGGCAGAUGACCCUGAAGACCACGGGGGGUGUUCACCUGGCGUUUUGGGAAAAUUGAGAUAUCCUGCUUGGGGACAGCACUCCACCCCACAGUAAGGCAGAAGAGUGUCCAGGACGUGGUGGUCUGGUGGGUGUUCUUUAAAAUGACUAGAGUCCACCAAGGAGGAAGGGACCCUGGGAUGUCACCCGCUGGGUCAGCCCCCUUCCUGCUCUAUUAGAAUGUCACAUGAGGGACCGUCCUGUCCCCUUCUUCCACCAGGGAAGCCACAGCCAAAGCUUGAAAGGGCACCGUCAAGAUAAAUGUCAUCCUUUUUUAAAAUACAUAUGAUUGCCUUUCUGGGCGCCUCAUAGAGCCCCAGAGUGUGAGACCUAAAAGGAUGUUAAGCACCUUGCUUCAUUUCUCUGUAACCACUCUGUUUGCUUCCUACAUCGUGUGCUCACGGGGCCUCUGCAGCCAGACUGCCGCAACCAUGUCACUUUCUCGUCAUUUUCCUCUCCCGAUGUCACAACUAGAGGGCAUUGAGCUCCAACACUGAACAUCUCCAGCGUGCAGGGAGAGGCUCCGCUGCCCAC